ACGUUCCCUACACUGCACUUGGAUUUGUGUGUUGAAGACGAGAGACAUGCAGGGAAUUCCUUUGAGGAGUGUGAUACCUUCAACCUUCUACUCUCAUGAUUUCCAAAGGAAACCAAUCACACAAGUCUCAUCCUCUCCAACAACCCAAAACAGAUACUUGCGCUUUGCUGUUCGGGCCAAACUGUCUCGCACAGAUUUUCAAGAUUUUCAGACCUAUGCGAGGCCUUCACAUCUUUUGCUAGCCUCUGAUGUGAAAGUAUACACAGAUACAUCAGUAGAAAAAAUUGCAUCAUCUCUGAAGGAGGAUGGGUCCAAAUCUUUAUUUAGGGUCAAGUUAGGUACGAGCAACUUAUAUGGCUCGGGUAUUAGUAACUUAAAUGCGGGAAUUCUCCUAUGCUUGAUAGAUGAAGAUGGAAAUUCCAUAUUGCAAAGGAUCCCUGCGAGUUUGAUGAUGGAUCAUUCUACAGAAUCAGGGGAUAUGACUAAUGUGGACAUGCUUCAUUUCCAACCAGGUUCUGUAGAUGAAUUCAUUUUUGAGGGUCCAAAAACUGCAAGACUUGAGGCUCUUUGGGUUAGUGUUGAAUCAGGUCAAUGGCGCCUAGGAAAUGUAUCCUUAAUGGCUAUUAGUUGUGAAGGGCAAUCGUUAGGGCAAGAAGAUGGGGUACUAAGGUACACAGGUUUCCAGUAUGACUUUCUCAUUGAUGAUGUGUUGCUUGGAGAGGGAACUGAUUUGUCCAUGUUGGAAUUGAGACCUAGCCUUGUGACUGAGCUGGAAGGGACUGAUCCUAUAAGCAUCUUGGUCAAAGGACUUAAUGACCAUGCCUUGCUCUCAAGUCCUAAGAUCUCAAAAGAAGAGAGCAUGAGGGAAUAUGCAGAUUUGAAGUUCUCAUUGUUAUUUUAUGAUGCUAUGCUGACACUUUUUGGUUCAUCAGUUGCUUCCCUCUCAAUUGGGGAAAAUGGUGGGAUUGCUUUCUUAAUUGGUGGGAUUGGAGGCUUCUUGUAUCUGCUACUGUUGCAGAGAUCUGUGGAUGAAUUGCCAGCUUCAGAAUUAAUCUCCAGUGACAAGGAAAGAACUGAUGCAUUGUUCAGAGGAGUGAAGGGUCCAAUAGCAAGCGUGGCAUUGGCUAUAGUCUUUGGUGUACUUGCAGCGAGGUAUGGCUCAGGAGAUCUUCAAGUGAUGCUAACCCCAAAAGAUCUCAUAGUUGGAAUGAUGGGAUUUCUUGCAUGUAAAGUUUCUGUGGUGUUGGCUGCAUUUAAGCCUAUAGCACCAGGUCCAAAGUUACCAAGUGAUAUGUAAAGUUGUAAUUUUGACGCAUGUUAAGUGGUUUUAUUUUUAAACCAGGUUUAACUUAUAAUUAUCUAUACCGUGACCAUUGUUGUUGUAUA